CAAAGAAAAGAAAUUAGAAAUUGCCGUCUAUCUGCCGCUUUCUCUCUGGCGUUUUCACUCUCUCUCUGCAUUGCGCUGGUUGCCGCCGCCCCAGCAUCCUCCGGUGGCCCGUGGCUGCGGCCUCGCCGCCUCGUACCUCUCCGUCCAAGCGCUGCGACCUGCAAGCGCCAAGCAGCCAGCACAGCCCCAGUGCGCCGCCAACUCUCGCCGGCUCGCCCUGCUCCGUCUCCUUCGAUCGACAGCAAAGUGCGCGACUGCGCCACCCUCACCUAGCCAUUCCGCGUCCUGCCUCCUUCGGCCUCUGUGCCUCCGUCCUGCAACUCCGCAGCAGCAGCCGUUUCCAACGCCCAAGUUCCCAACAAAAGGUGAGGGGACCAUAUAAUACAUGGCAUUCAGAGGAGGGGGCCGCGGCGGCCGUGGCCGAGGCCGUGGGCCGCCUAGGGCGAAGGAAGUACCUUUCGAUUAUUUUCCGGAAAUCGAGUGUUUAGGAGCUGUGAAUUACACUAAGGAAGAAGUAAGAAAGUAUUCUCAGUUUGUGAAUUGGUCACAGAAUCUGCAGACCUUUUUCGAGACAUCUCCUUACUAUUACGAAGAUCAAAGCUCCCUUCAGAAAGUGCAAAAACUGGACAUAGAAAGGUACUCAGAUAAGAAAUCGCAAGCAACAAUUGUUAAGCAACCACUCUGGCACCUCAUAAUGAUGGACAAAGAUCAUAUGCCUGCAGAACUAGCCAGAGGUGAAAAACGUAUUGUCAGGAGAGUUCAGUGGGACAAUGAUAUAGACUUGAACAAACUUGAUCACUUUGAGAAGCUUGAAGCGAAUUCUAAGGGAAAGGAAGGAGAAGAUGAAGAGGAGGAACCAGAAGAGGAAGAAAAUGUAGAAGAAGGAGAACUCAGCGAUAACGGUGAUUAUGAGCAGGGUGAAUAUUGUGAUGACGAUGAAGAUGAUUUUAACAUGGUUGAAGAAGAUGGUAUGCUUGAUCUUGCUCGUGCCUUCUUCUCCUUUUUAACCUCUUCGGAGUCCUUCAUCCAUAUUUAUGUUUCCUUUGAUCUCUCCGCUUAUGAACUUGCGAUGUUUGCAGAUGAGCCAAUAUAUUGAGUUACCAUUCCCGGAUUGCAUGACGAAACUCGAUCCAAUUGGUGCCCCGUUCGCAUAUUCAUCAAAAUUCCAUGUUAAUGAUUUUGAGACUGGUGAAAAUAUUCAACUUGGCUAUAUGAGGUAGACAUAGUUUAGACAUGAGGUAGAAAUAGUAGUCUUUUAACGCCUUUUUCACGGGGUUGGUGUACAGUUCUGGGGAUCAUGAUUUAGACCUUGUUUACUUUGAACAUGGAAUGAUGGAGUUUGUUACCCA